AUGUUCUGGCCAAUUCUCUUUCUCAUUUUGACAAGUUUGGCCCAGGUGUGUUCGUUUUUGUAGUCUACUUACAGUACAGUUCCGUUUUCAUGGCAAAAAACAGCUGAGUCAUAUUUAGGUAUUUAAUAUAGGUAAAGUGGCCAACCACCUAACAAAAGCUUUGUUUUUUUGUAAAAUUGUGUAAAUUUAAACUUUUUAAGAUUAAAAAUUAAUCAAAAUUAGAGUUUUUGUUAUUUACCGUCAGGGACGUCGUUUGGGGGGAGGGGGGGGUACCCCUCCCCCAGAGCCGGUCCGAAAAAAAAUUGCACAGGUAGGGCGCUAGGACAAAUGCGGUUUUUGGACAUUUGCGGAUUUUUUAAAGGGGGUUUUUUUUAUUUUUUAGUUUAUUUUGUUGUAUUAUGGUACUAAAGUGUAAAUUGGAACUGUUUUAACAUGUUUUAGUGCUAAAUAGUACUAAAUUUUAAAUUGGUACUGUUUUAUAUUUUUUGGUACUGAAUGGUACUAAAAGCCCAAAAAGGUACUGUUAUGUUAAAACCGCACCAAUUUAAACUUUAGUACAAUUUAGUACCAUACUACAAAUAAAUCAACUAAAAAAUAAAAAAAAACCUUUAAAAAAUCCGCAAAUGUCCAAAAUCCGCAAGUGUCCAAAAAACCGAAGAUCCGCAAGUGUCUAAAAACCGCAGAUCCGCAAAUGUCCAAAAACCGCAUUUGUCCUAGCGCCACAGGUAGGUACCUGUACGCGAAAAAACGAAAAAAAAUUUUUUUGAAAAAUCGGUCCACAGGUCCUUCCCUACCUGUGAACGAAAAAAUUUUUUUUCGACCUCCCCCUCCCCCAGAGAAAAUCCGUAGCGACGUCCCUGUUUACCGUUACUUCUGCCAUUUAUAAAUUGUUUCUUUGACCUUUUAUUUGUAAAGUUAUGUUAAGCAUGGCGCUAAAAGCAAUUAGAAAUCAGGGAAAAAGGACUUUUUCAAAGAGUUUUGGGCCAAUUGGAAGUUUCUUUUAUCAAAAGGUCACUUAUCUAUCUUUAACAGCCUUCCAUAUCUUGUUUUAUGUCUUUAGUUGCGAUUUGUUUACUUAUUUACAUUUUGCGAAGAAUUUUUGGAAAAAAAAUGAAUUUUCGUCUAGAAAAUGAGUCAUUAAAUGUCUCUUUUACGAAAAAAGUGUCAUAGUUUGUCUUUUUUCCAUAAAUUGCCUUGGAAAUGAAUUGUAAUAUUAAAAAUGUUUUUCGCUGCAAUGUAGACAUCGUGUUGCAAUCUCUCAACUUACCAUUCAUUAUUUCAGAAUGUGGUCUUGGCCGCAGAAUGUGAAGCUGCCAACGAAUUCAACCAUGCCGCUUUAUUGUUUUGUUUUACCACCGCCGCGAGCUUAAUCUCCCUAGUGAUUCUCUUCAUCGUUUGCUUCAAGUUCAGAGGUGUAAGUCUUCAAGAUAUAACUCUGGCCUAAAAGAUUGGAAUUCAUAAGACAAUAAAGAUGUUAUAUUCACCUUUGACAGCCUAAAACAAUAUAUAAUGCAUUACCUUCACUUUCAGGGCAAACUGCUCAGAAUCGAGACCCGACUGUUCACUGUGAUGGACCAGGUACUGCAGAAUACAUUGCCGAUAGUGCUGACUGAAGAGAUGUUAUACAAGAGCCUCGACUUGAAGACACAGGAGAACAUCUACCACGCAUCCCUCGCCAAUUAGUCGGGAUCUUAUCUCGGGGCUCUCGACUCAAACGCGAACUUUAACAACCUAAAACACCAUGAAAUGGCUCCGGUUCAACUGUUGUGUCAUAAUAUUCGUUCUUAUUUCUCGUGUCUUUUACAAUAAAUUAAGUUACAGUAACCGGGCUUUGGAGUAUUUGAAUGAAGCGGCCAAAGACUUUGUGUAUGGUGACUUUUCUACCUCGGUACAGCUGAAUGAGGUAAAGAUAAACAUGUUAUUUUAAGUUUAUGCGGCAAUUUAACCUUGAUUACGUACGGUUUUGUAGGUAUUAGAACGUACCAGAAGUCCUCACGUCAUACUACUUAAUAAGGUAAGAAAAUGUAAAAGAUGCUGUUCUAAAGCCCAAAUAGUGAUAUAGAAAUUUUUAAAAUACAAGGAAACAAUUUUGAGUAAUCUUGAGUCAAAAGUACUCACUUCGAGUGUCAUAUGUAUAUUUCAUCCUCUAAUAACAGUACCCACCAUUAGCACGCCUUAAAUGUUACUCUCAACUUUGUCUGUAACCUUCGCCACUUCAAUGCAACCUCCGGAGUUGUCGCCUUCGCUUUUGACUACCAUUCGUAUACUGUAAUGAAGGGCUCGUUUCCUGAAAUCAGUGUAAUUUACUGGAAGAUGAUGUCGCUAGUAAGUUUUACCGAGAUUUUAUGUAAAUUUAGUCAGAAAUGUUAAAAUUAUUUGCAAAAUUUUUCUGAAAAUUAUAAUGUAUAUCUUUACAUUGUAAUGAAUACCUUUACAGGAGGAUAGAUUCCAAGCCGGAGAUGGAAGAUACCAACUUUUCCAGUACUUCCGUGCACGAUUGUCAUCUUAUUUGAGUACUACAGCAGAUAGUUUCUGGAUGAUCCAAGCUGACACCAUCUGGAAGAAGAACUUCUUUACUACAGUUGGUAUGUUACUAUAUCGUGCCACCACCAUUAAUCUCAUUUACAGUAUAAAAUCUUUUAGAAAAUACAAGACAUUAUUCAUAAUUAAAAAUGUUCCAGAAUACUCCGACGCUGAUCUACUGUUUGAUCAAGAAGGAGAAGAAGGCCUAUUAUCCGAAAUGACAGCUGGUGGAUAUUACUAUGUAAAGUCAAAUGAAAAGUCAUUUAAAUUCUUUAAAAACAUCGGAGAUACGUUACUAGAAUACUAUGUGACAGACAACAACUUAAUGACAAGACAGUGUUUACUGCAAAUGUAUGAUGUUACCUGCAGAAAGAUACCAUACAGGUAAGAGAUAACAUAACACGUUUAAAAAUGAUAAUAUGACAGCUGUACCUAGUAAGCACUCCUUUCAUAGUAAAAUGAAUUUAAAUACGACAUCAAUGGCAAAGUUAAAGAAGGUGACACUUGCAGCACGCUAGUAAACUGGAGAUACGAACCCCGAGAAGACCGUCCCGAGCCACCGUUCGUCCAAUUCGAUGGGGGCGAAGGGGCGGAGGAGAAGUUCCUGAAAAUGAAGAAGGCUGGAGCGUUGUACGUGGACCCGGAAUCUCUAUCAGAAGAGCCCCGACCCGCCAGAUGUCUGCCGCUUAUAGCCACGGAACCGGGCCAAAAAGUUAAGGCCACAAAGAACAUUAAUAAGGCCAAUUGGGUGAUCAGAAGCGCGCAUCAGGCCACGGAAUGGCUUUGUCUUCUGAUUCCGCGGCUUCGGACCUUCAUUUUGGGCUAUGUCUUUCCGUUUUACGCUUAUUUUCUGGCCAUUUAG